GAGCAUCCAGCCUCGCUUGGCCGCCAUCGGAUCUCGCCACAGCUCCACCCCCCGGAUCGACACCGCCUGACGCUCGCUGCAAUGUAUCUGCUCGGUGUGAAUCUGCCCGACGAAAAGCACGUCUGGUUUGCCCUCACAAGGAUCUACGGUAUCGGCCAGGCCACCGGCCAGUCCAUCUGCGACCGCCUGAGUAUCCACAGCCAGUGCAAGCUGAAGGACCUGCCCGAGUCCAAGAUCACGGAGCUCUCGCAGCUGCUCAACUCGAUGAAGAUCGAGGCCGAGUUGCGCAGGGAUGUCCGGAACCGCAUCACGCAUCUCUCCCAGAUCGAGUGCUAUCGAGGACGCCGGCACAAGGCUUCGCUGCCCGUCCACGGCCAGCGCACCCGCACCAACGGCAAGACUGCCAAGCGGCUGAACGGCCGAUGGCUCAAGGACCGUGCCUUCUCAACAUCGUCUGCUGUCGCCGUCUCCAACAUUCCGCCCACGAGCUUCAGCUUCAGCUUUCCCAAGCCCCCACUUGCCCCGGUACCGUCGAUCUGGAGCACGGUCCGAAGGUUCAUUCGAUUCAUUUGA